AUUCCCACUACCCGUAGAAUUGACGUGUGUUACGCAGGAGACGCCGUCAGUGUUGCCAGAUUGGGCGGUUUUCCGCCCAAUUGGGCUUCUUUUGUUUACGUCAGGCGGGGAAAAAAUACAUUGGGCGGGUGAAUAAAAUUUGGGCUGCUUUUGUCCACAUUUGGCGGGUUUUUUAAUAUUGUAAAAACAGCUCUCUCUCUCUCUCUCUCUCUCUCAAAUAAAUAAAUAAAUAAAUAGUUUAAAUAAAUAAAUAAUUGAGGUAGUUGUGGGCUAUUCAAUCGGCAUACGGCAACGUACCGGUCCGUGACGUCAGUUCAGCACUGUAGCCGCGCUAAAUAUGAAGCGGGUGACCUAGCUAAGCAGCAGCAUCAUGCCGAAGUGGGGUAAGGGUAUAAAUAUAUUAGGCCUACACGGUUAAAAGUGCAACUUUUUACGUGCAGCUGUUAUUAUUACUAAUCUGGGCCUGGCGCUAGGAUGCCAGAGGUUCAUCUUGCAAUUUGUGUAGCCAAUGGUUGAUUUACUGCGCUCUUGUUGGUUGCAUUAAACCUGUUAAUCUAUCAUUUAUGUGUGGCUAUUUGAUGCUAUAUGAAGCUCUGGAUGUCUAUGUGUUAUGAUUUUACGGAUUUACACGAGUGUCUGGCAACUUCGUGGUUUGGGCUGGUUUUUAUUGGAUUGGGCGGGUUCUACGAUGUGAUUGGGCUGGAAACUGUCAAUCUGAUCUGGCAACACUGGACGCCGUGUUGCGUUCAAUGUACGCCGUUUAUUCUACAGGUCAGAAUGGACAGGAAACAAGAUUGUGUGAAGCUGUCAGUCCAGCCGUCCAGAGGACUUAUGGAUGAGAAAUUCAUUAUCCUGGUCCAGAAUGUCCCACCUUGUUGUGCGCUGACUGUCCGUGCUUUCAACCAGUGUGAUAAAGGCAACAAGUGGGAGGCGUAUGGUCACUACACUGCCGAUGCCACUGGGACUAUGAAUGUUGCAGAGGAUUUCAGUCUGGGUGGGACAUAUUCUGGGAUUGAACCAAUGGGUCUGUUGUGGAGCCUCAGACCAGUUCAGGGCAGCAAACUGGGACAGAGAUUGGUAAAGAAGAACACCCAGACUCCCAUGGAGGUCACAAUCUCAGUGUAUCAGGGUCACCAGACUGAAGGGUUCAUGAACCAGGUACCACUGGCCUGUGCAGUGGUGGAGCGUUGGUACACGACGCCUGGUGUCCGCAGGAUCCCGAUCACGGAGGAAGGACUUGAUGCAGUCCUCUUCCUUCCACCAGGGCCCGGGCGGUUUCCUGGAGUCUUGGACCUGUGGGGGGCUGGAACAAUCUUCGUAGAGUACCGUUCAGCGAUGCUAGCAUCCCACGGCUUUGCUUCCUUGACUCUCAACUACCUGAAACCUAAAGUCACCUUGGAAACUGGGAAAAUGGUGGACAAUGAGUACUUUGAGAGGGCCUAUACAUUCCUGCAGAAGCAUCCUGCGGUCCUCAGCGACCGAAUCGCCAUGCUGGGAAAUUGCUUUGGCAGCAACUUAAUCGUCAAAAUGGCUUGUUAUUUUGAAGUUGUAAAGCUCAGGUGUGCAGUGUGUAUUAACGCUACCCAUGUGCAGCCAGUUGGUGGAACUUUAGAGGACAUGGUGAAUCACUUGCAGGAUAGGCGAAGCAAGGUUUACCUGAAUGAGGAGGAACAGGUGAUUGGGCGAGGCUUACUGCUGCCCAUCAUGACGGACCCAUCAACUAAGCUGGACAUGGGGCGACUGCAGUGUCCUCUGUUGCUGGUUGUAGGUGAGGAUGAUCAGACCAUGCCCAGCUACGAGUCUGCAAUGGAUAUGCAGAAGAUGAUGGAACGAGCAGGAAACAGCCACCUGCUGACUGUCCUGUCGUACCCUAACACCGGGCAUGUGAUUGAACCUCCCUACAUGCCACAUACCCGAGCCAGCGUCCUCAGAGUUCCCAAAACAAAUGAUAUAUGUAUGGCUCUGUUUGGUGGAGAGACGGUGGCACAUUGCCAUGCUCAGGAAGAUGCCUGGAAAAAUAUACUAGCCUUUCUGAGAGAACAUCUGUUUACAGAUAGAAAGAUUGUUUCUCAUCUGUAAACAAGAAGAUAACUAAUAAAACCUAGUAAUAGCAUGAAGACCUACUAUAAAUAGAAAACUACAAGAUUUCUUGUUCUUGUUCUUGAAAAAAGUAGAGUCACAUUUGGGAGAAAGAACAAUAUUUCAUGGGCUUUUGUUGCUGUCCACACUUUGAAAAACCAAUUUGGAUUUGCAAAAAAAAAAGAGAUUUUUCUCACAGACAAAGUCUUUUUUUGAGGAAGCUUCACUGAAGUCAGACAUGAAAGUUACAUAAUGUGAACAAUGACAAGGAUAAGUUUUGUUACAGUGGCAGAGUUUGUAUUAACACUGAGAUUUUUGGGUUGUUUAAGUGGAAAAACUGCAAGUUGUUUUAAGAAGUACACUGUGUUCAGGGGCACACAUUAACACACGACUGUGUUAACACCCACUGAAAAACUUUUUUUUUUUGUUCUUUUAUUUGUGUGUGUGUGUGGGGGGGGGUAUAAGGAAUAUUUGUGUUUGUAAGUGUGUAUGGCUUUAAGUUAUUCAUGUUUAAAAAUAAACAAAUGAUUGGAUAAGCACUGAUCACCCCCCC